AUGGUUGAAGCUGAUUUAUCAGGGUUGCAAAAGCAGAUUGAAGAUUUAACUGCUUUAGUUAAACAAGGACGGGAUGAAACCAAUCCACCCAAAUGGUGGGAAAAUCAAGAGAAUCGAAUCAAUGCAUUGGAGUCCAGAAUGGAAACUAAUCAAGGCUAUGUGGAAGAGUUAUUGAAGAUAUUGACAGGCAGAACUGGAGACCAAGAGCAAUCUGUUGGUGAGCAGGUACAAUCUCCUGAUACUUCUAAAAAUAAGGAGAAGACUCCUGUUAUGGUGACUGUGGUGAAUGACAAAUCUAGGUUUACUUAUAAAACGAAUGAACCUGGGAUAUUAAAGUCUAAACCCGAUGCUUGUCUAGCCAUUAAGAACAGUUCUAGGCCUGAGAAUCAAAUGGGUGAAAAUAGUGAAUCUAGACCUAUUAUAUUGGGACUAGAAGUUGAAAAAAGGGGGCCAGGGGGUUCAUUUAGUUCUGGGAUUAUGUGGAAUAGACCUAAAAUAAAACUUCCUUUCUUUAAAGGGGUUAAUCUGAGAGGGUGGGUUCAGAAGUGCCUGAAAUACUUUUCUAUUUGUGGGGUUCCUGUUGAGAAGAGAUUGGAACUAGCUACAAUGUAUUUAACAGACAAGGCAAAAGUUUGGUUUGAUGGUUACAUUAUGCAGAAACACCGUGUGACAUGGCAUGAAUUUGAAGCUAAUCUCUGUCAUAGAUUCAGUGAUAGAACUUUUUCUGAUAUUGUUGAGGAGUUCACUAAAUUGACUCAGAAAGGGUCUGUGGAAGAUUAUCAAGAGAAGUUUGAGGAGUUACAACCUCAUAUGUUGCAGAAUCAUACUUUGACUGAGGAAUUUUUUGUGUCACUUUUUAUUAGUGGACUUAGAGAUGAUAUCAAGCAUAGGGUCAAGGCUUUAGAUCCUAAAAAUUUAUCUGAAGCAUCUAAACAGGCCAAACUGUAUGAACUGUCUAUGAAGUUUGGGAACAAAAGAGUGAGGUCUUCUUUUAAAACCCCACCCUACCCAAACCCCUUAUAUACAUCUAAAACAACUACACUGCCAGUACCUACAAAACCUACAUCAGUACCAAAUCCAAAGCAAAGUCUUAUGGAUUACAGAAGGCAAAAUAACCUCUGCUUUAAAUGUGGUGAAAAGUAUUUGCCAGGGCAUCAGUGUAAAACUAGGCAGUUGAAUAUGAUUAGUGAAGAGAUGGAAACUUUUACAUUGGAAAAUUGUCCUACUGAUCCAGAACACUUGCAACAACAAGAAGAUGAAAAUUUGGAGAUUUCUAUGAAUGCUAUUACUGGCUGCAUUGGCCAUAAUACAUUGAGAAUACAUGGUACUAUUCAAGGAAGACCAUUGAAUAUCCUAAUUGAUAGUGGCAGCACACAUAGUUUCUUAACUCCUAAAUGGGCUUAUACGGGUAUACAGAUUAAUACUCCUUAUCCCUUGGCUAUCACUGUGGCUAAUGGUCAACAGUUAUUUAGUUCUGCUCGUUGCAACAAAGUUGAAUGGAAAAUGCAGGGACAUACUUUUUUACAUGAUUUUAGGUUGCUCAAAUUGGGGGGAAGUGACAUGAUUUUGGGAGUUGAUUGGAUGAGGUUAUUCAGUCCAAUAUUAAUGGACUUCAAUAAUAUGACUUUAAGCUUUGACCAUCAUGGAGAGAAAAUUUGUAUUCAGAGACAGCAGCCCUCAACUGAACUACAACAAAUAUCAGGAGCUACAUUACUUAAAAUGUCUGCAUGGGAUUCUGAUAUUUUGGGUCAUGUGCAUGUAUUGGAGCAGUAUAGCAUAAUUUUUACUGAACCUACAGGCCUACCUAGGCCUUACAGGUUUCCUCAUAAUCAGAAGGUGGAGGUAGAAAAACAGAUUGCCAAGGAUUUAUUGGAUGAGUUGCAUGGGGCAUCAUAUUUUUCUAAGAUUGAUUUGAGGUCUGGAUACUGGCAGAUUAGAAUCAGACCAGAGGAUAUUUAUAAGACAGUUUUCAUAACACAUCAAGGGCAUUAUGAGUUUAAGACUAAGGUGGAAUAUCUUUGUCAUAUUAUUUCUGCUGCAGGGGUGUCUACUGAUCCUAGCAAGAUUGAAGUGAUGCAAUCUUGGCCUAAGCCUAAAACCCUUAAAUCUCUCAGAGGGUUUCUAGGUCUAACAUGUUAUUAUAGAAGAUUCAUCAGAGAUUAUGGCAUUAUUAGCAAGCCAUUGACAGAGAUGUUAAAGAAGAAUGGCUUUCAGUGGAAUUCUGUUGCUUAUGCUGCUUUUGAAGAUCUUAAAAAGGCUAUGUGUUCUGCUCCAGUCCUAGCCCUGCCAAAUUUUUCUAAGACAUUUUAUUUAGAGACAGAUGCUAGUUGA